AUGGCGGAGUACGACUUGACAAAGCGAAUGGCUCCAUUCUUUGAUCUUCAUCUAAUCAUUCCUCUACUGGAAUUCAUCGAGCCCAGGAAGAUAUAUGAUGACGCAUCUUUGGUGGAAAUGCAUCGCCACGUGCUAAUGAAGACGAAUAUGAUCGAUAGCUUAACCGAAACGUACCAGGGAGCGCCGAUUCCAAAGGAGCUUGAGACGAAGAGAGCCGAAGUUCUCAAGGAGAGAGAUAUUUUGAAGACUAAGGUCGAUCCUGUAAUUGAAAUUCUUGAACUUGAUGAUGUAAAGGAACUAAUGGAGAACACACGUGAUCGCGAUGGAAACAACAAAAUACUGGAGUUUCUUCAGCAGAAUCAUCAUUUCACUAUUGAUAUGGUUGACGCUCUCUUCAAAUACGCAAAAUUUAUGUACGAGUGUGGCAACUACACUGCUGCGUCGGUUAGUUCGAUUCAAGCCUAUAUUUUAUUUCAUUAA